AUGCUUGCCGAAUCCGAACACACGGUCAGCAGUGGAGAUCCUCCCAAACUCCGGGCGGCUUGCGAGAAUUGCAGGCAGUCCAAGGUAAAAUGCAAUCUCUCGGGGAAGGACACCUGCAUUCGCUGUCUGCGCCACGGACUGCCAUGUCGAUAUCGCGUCGCCAAUCGAUCGGGAAAGCCCAAGGGGAGCAAGAACCGGGCCACGCUGCGGAAGCUUGGGCAGUUGCAAGACGACAAGAAACCCACGAUACCCACCACCGGGUGGACAGAUCCUGCCGGGAAAGGGCAACCUCCUCCUCGGGUCAACUAUGAUGCAGACCACGGUGUCGAUGCAACGAGUCCGCAAGACACAAGUCCAACUAGUCAAUCCAACAGCCCCGAUAGCCAUGGGGCGAGUAUGGCCGACACGGCCUUACUGACCGACCCUGCUCUGGAAUAUCCUCCCCUCGGGGAGACGUUGCCAUCUGCCGCGCCAAUGUUCAACCCGGCUUCCAUGUCGCCGACGUUUCUGCAGAAGGAAUUUAUCACCAAGGGGCUCACCAGCUGCCCACUCGCCGUGCACAUUCCCAACGCCUUGCAGCCCUGUGAAUGCGGCAGCGCACUCAUCUUCCAUGUGGGCCGGUUGCGGCACAUGCUGGUGGACAGCAUCCAUCUGCGGCUGGACCAGAUGUUACAGGGGAUCCAGAUUGCAUUGUCCGCAUGUCGAAACUUUCUGCGGUGCCGUAGUUGCCACAAGAACAACACCAACCUGCUGUUCUCGACGUCCAUCCUGGAGACUACGCUGCAGCUCUUUGAGUACUGUAUCACGUAUGAGUUCUCGUCCCCGUCGGCCGGUGAUCAUAGCAUGAUUGUCGGGUAUGGCGAGUACGAGAUGAGUGCGGAGGAGACGCGACGGGUCCGGCGGUUCCUCGUCCGAGGCCGGCUGCUGCAGGGCAAGGAGGUGCUGGGGCUGCUGAAGGAAACGGUGGAGAUGAGCCGACGGAUGAGUCCGGAGCUACCAGAUCUCCAUGGAACGAACGGACUGGAGGGAGACUGGCUGCAGACGAUCCUGGUGGGAUAUGAAACGAUGGUGGAACAAAGACAAAUACAGAAAAUGGACCGCCUCUCCCAAAUCACCUCACACCUCAACUUCCCCCACGGCCUCCUAGCCAACCAAGUGGCCAUCAUCACCGGCGCGGGCCAAGGCAUUGGGGCCGAAACCGCCCGGUUAUUCGCCAACGAGGGGGCCAAAGUUAUUAUUGCGGAUAUUGAUGCUGAGAAAGCCACCGCCACCGCAACCACCAUCAACACCACCCACCCAAACCGCGCCCUCGCCGUCCCCGGCGACAUCCUCUCCGACAGCUACAUCACCGAGCUCGUCCAGAAAGCGGCCGACUUUGGCAAUGGCAAGAUUCACAUCAUUGUGAAUAAUGCCGGGUUUACCUGGGAUGGGGUUAUCCAUAAGAUGACAGACAAACAAUGGGCCACGAUGCUCGCAAUCCACAACACCGCCCCAUUUCAACUCAUCCGUGCGGCCGCAAAGUACUUUCGUGUGAAGGAUGGGGAACCCCGUGUGGUCAUUAAUAUUAGUUCUACGAGUGGGGUUCAUGGGAAUGCCGGCCAAAUUAACUACGCCGUCGCCAAAGCCGGCAUCAUCGGCCUCACCAAAACCAUCGCCAAAGAAUGGGGUCCGGCGUUUGGGGUCCGCGCCAACACCAUUGCCUUUGGGUUCGUGAGCACUCGUCUGACGGCAGCCAAGGAGGAUGGGGCGUUCAUUACCACCCCGGACGGGACCAAGGUCGCUCUGGGGAUUCCGGGGAAGCAGUUGGCUGGGCGGAAGGGGGAUGCGCAGACCCAGGCGUAUCCGGAUAUUCCGCUCGGACGGCCAGCGUCUCCGGAGGAGGCGGCGCGGGCGGUGCUGGGGGUGGCGAGUCCGUUGUUUUCCUAUGUGAGUGGGGAGACGAUUCGGGUGACGGGGGGGAGGAAUAUGUAA